ACAUCACUUCGCCGCAUGGACUAUAACAUGUAUGCCACAAAGAAGAGUGCCGCUCAGAGCAUGCUGGACAUUGCUCUGUUGAUGGCUAACUCGUCCCAGCUGAAGACCCUCCUGUAUGUGGGACCACAGUACCGCUUCUACAUCCCCCUAAUUGUGCUGCUGGCUCUGUCUAUGACCCUACAGGUCGUAGUGGGGCUCUUGCUUGUCUUCAUAGGCAAGUCACUCACACUUUUUUCGUUUAAUACACCGAAUAAAUGCUAGUUUGAGA